UGGGCAUGUACUAUAUAUACAUUCACCUUUUUUUGGAUGUUGCCCUUUACAAACCUAUCAUUUACAAAAUUAUUUUGCUUAUACUUUGCCUUUCUACAACUGAGGAAUUUAUCUCUGCAUCUGAAGCAGACGUGAUGACUUCAAAUGAAACUGGCACUGAGAAUGUGCUUCUCUGUUAUCCACUCCUACUGGAUUCCUGUCCUAAAGUACAACGUCUUGCUGUAGUUAAAGUGGCGAUGUAUGUUUUCAUGGUGCUGAUGAUCCUCACAACAGUUUUUGGGAAUCUGCUAAUCAUCAUCUCCAUCUCUCACUUCAAACAUCUACAGUCUCCAACUCAUCUGAUCGUUCGCUCUCUGGCUGCCAGUGAUUGUCUGCUGGGCUCUUUUGUCAUGCCGUACAGCAUGGUGCGAUCUGUUGAAGGCUGCUGGUAUCUGGGAGAUGUUGUGUGUAAAGUACAUUCUAGUUUAGACAUGACUUUCUGUAUCUCUUCCAUACUGCAUCUCAGUUUAAUAUCUGUUGACAGGUACUGGGCCAUUUGUGAUCCUUUAAGGUACAAAAUGAGGGUCACAAACAACACUGUGACUGUAUUUACUACCUUCACAUGGCUGUUUUCAUUUGUGUACAGUUUUUCUAUUGUGUUCUCAGGAGUAAAUGCAGUUGGACUAGAGAUGCUUAUAUUACAGGUUUACUGUGUGGGAAGUUGUGUUCUGUUUUUUAACAAAGAGUGGGGUAUUAUAUGUCCAAUUCUCACAUUCUUUCUUCCUGGGUCAAUCAUGACCUCUCUGUAUAUGAAAAUCUUCCAUGUUGCAAGAAAACAUGCAAAGGUUAUGUCAGAAAGAGUGACUGUGGCAGCAACAGGAGUGUUAAAAAGCCAAAGUUCUGCACACAGAGAGAGAAAAGCAGCAAAAACUCUGUCCAUUGUCAUGGGUGUUUUUUUGCUCUGCUGGCUGCCUAUUUUUACUGCUGCUGCUCUCAAUCCUUUUUUCAAAUUUUUAACCCCCACUGAUGUUUUUGAUGCUUUGGUUUGGUUUGCAUAUUUGAACUCUACUUGUAAUCCUUUGAUUUAUGGAUUUUUCUACCCUUGUUUUCAGAAUGCAUUUAAGAUUCUUAUAUCCAUCUAUAUCUGUGGCAUCAAGGAUUCAGACACAUUGACUUUUGAAUGA